UCACUAUUUUGAGAGAUUUCUUAAUAGAUCUGUACCUUUUCUUUAAACCAGAUAAAAUGCCUAGAAAGUCACAUUGUAAUAAAUAUUUAGCAGGUAUUUAUUCCCCAUUUAAAACUACAUGCACACAAAUACAGACCAAAAUUGUGAGCAGAUGCUGAGCGUAUAAAGGUUUUUUUUUUUUUUUUUUCAUUUAUAAUGUCUCAAUGAUUCAUGAUGAUAUUGAUAGGCAAGUGCUUUUAAACCAGAUCAUAGAAUUUCAUUCUCGGCAUCAUCAAGAUUCACAAACAAAGGUUAUUGUCAAAGAUAAAAUCUAUCUUGUCUUUGAUGUCAGUAUCUGAUACAGUGCAAAGUUUCGUAUAUCUCCGAACACCAUCAGCAGUGCACUUUCAACCUUUAUUCAUCAAACUCAUUACAUUAAUUAGAUACAUUAUUUUAUUUUAUUUUUAAGUUGGAACUGGUGUUAUAAAAUGGCUUGGCUACAUUUUCCAAAUUAACAAACAGAAAAUUUGUGUCACUUGAAACUGUGCCAAUGUGUGGCGUGUCCUAAUUAAUGGUCAUUCUAGCCUUAGCUUAGAGUUACACGAAGCUGCCUCCCAAACCUAUAACCUUUGUGAAGGGAUGUCAGCUUCACAAGUCACCCUUUCCCUUCACACAGUGGAUCAAAAAUAAGAAGGCUUGAUUUUUGGAUCACUGCACUCCUGACAUUGUUAUUUUAAUGACCUGCAAAUGGAAAACCUAUUUAAAGAGGAUUUGACCCGACCGCCUGUAUCAAGGAACAUGUCUUUUCAAUAUUGCAUUUAAGACUGCAAAUGAAUGAUGGCUGGGAAAGUGGAAAAGGUGUCUAAAUACGAAACUUUAAAGCUUUUGGAAAAGUGCCGGAAGGAAAGAGACGAUGCUUUGCACCGCGAGAAUAUGAUGAGGGAGAAAAUGAGACAAUACGAGUCUCGAAUGAGAUCAACCGAAGCGCUGAAACAGAAAUUAAAGCAAUUGAUUUUGGACAACAAGGAGCUGCGGAAACAAGUGAAGGUCCUGCGGGCUGAAAUUGGUUUAGAGUCCAGUCCUAAAUUUCACGGUAAAACCACCAAGGAUAUAAUCAACGACCUGCACGAGAAGGAGCGCGAGUGCAACUCACUUGUUGAAAAAGCGGGCAAAUUAAGUUUGACGAUUGAUGAACUGACAUCCGAGCUGGCCAACACCGUGACCUCGAAGACUCUGCUGGAGGACCAGGUCCAGUCCCUGCAGCAGAACCUGAAGGACAUGACCAACAACCAGCGGCGUCUCCUGAAGCUCUGGGAGGACAAGAAGGCUCAGCGGGAGCAGCUGUCACUGCCCGCCAUACCGCAGAGACCCGGGCAAAAACCGCUGGUGCAUAAAGGCGUCCAGACGGAGAUGUCCAUCAGUUCAACCCAGAUAUUACCCACCAACGCUUUCGAGACCAAGACCCGCCGAGAGACUGAUAAAAGCAGAACCAGUCUGGAAAGACGCAACAUCACUUUAGCGAAUGGCACUCAUCGAGAGAAAAACGCUUUAAUUCAGAACGAUGCGAAAGGAGUACACAACUGACGAUUAUUAUUUCACGGAAUAGUUUUUUUGUGUGUCUGUCUACGCCUCAUUAUGCUGCUCAAUGCCUAUAAUACUUUAAAAUAAAUGUAUUGUGAUUUUUUAAUAUAUAGGCUAUGUUUAAAUCUUUAAGAAACAACAUGAUCGAAAAUUAAGGAGUUUAUAAUUAUUUAUUACGUAUUGACACAUAUCAGCUUUUUAAGACUGUCGUUUGAUAUAAUGCCCACAAAACAUUGUGUAUAAUGAAAUACGGUUUAACAUUAAAUAUAAAUGUAAUGUAUUCAUUUAUUUACUUAUUUAUUUACUUUUAAUUACUAUAAUUGUGUAAUUAAGUGAUACAUUUACAUGUCAUUACUCCACAAUACAUUUUAAAAAGAACGGCUAUAAAUUUGCGCAGAAUUGACAUUUAUGGAUGGACUAACGUUAUCUCUUUGAAGGGAUAGUUCACCCAAUAAUGUAAAUUCAGUCAACAUUUACUAACAUUUAUAUAAAGUCUCCAAAACUUUAUGACCUUU